AUGAAACUCUUCAACCAUCUCCGAACCCUAAACACUCACCACCGCAUUCUCCAUAAUCGAUUUCACCCUCUCUUCAACAACACCAACUUCUUCUCCGAUGCUUCAUCGCCGCAACAAUCCACCACUCCACACGUUCAACAACCUUCGCCUCCUUCUUCCUUGAACCGCAAUGAACUCGCCAAGUUCGCCGCCAUUGCCGAAUCCUGGUGGGAUUUUGAUGGCCCCUUUAAACCAUUACAUGUGAUGAAUCCUACACGAGUUGCUUUCAUUCGGUCUGCAUUGUGUCGACAUUUCAAGAAGGACCCUUACAGUGCUAAGCCCCUUGAAGGACUUAAAAUUGCUGAUGUGGGAUGUGGAGGUGGAAUUCUUUCCGAGCCAUUAGCUCGGAUGGGAGCUACUGUGACGGGUAUUGAUGCUGUGGAAAAGAAUAUCAACAUUGCUCGACUUCAUGCUGAAUCAGAUCCAGCAACUUCAAGUAUUGAGUUUUGUUGCACAACAGCUGAGAAGCUAGUUGAAGAAGGAAGAAAAUUUGAUGCAGUCAUGGCCUUGGAGGUGAUCGAGCACGUAGUGGAACCUGCAGAGUUCUGCAAAUCUCUUGCAGCAUUAACAAUCCCAGAUGGAGCUACCAUCAUAUCGACAAUAAAUCGUUCAAUGAGAGCUUAUGCAACUGCCAUUGUUGCUGCAGAAUACAUUCUUCGCUGGCUUCCAAUGGGCACACAUGAAUGGUCAAGUUUUCUUACUCCAGAGGAGUUAGUUCUGAUCCUGCAACGUGCCGGCAUCAAUGUGGAGGAGAUGGCGGGAUUCACAUAUAACCCGGUAACAGGAAGAUGGUCUUUAUCUGAUGAUAUAAGCGUCAAUUUUAUUGCCAUGGGCACCAAAACAAACAACACAGAAUAG